AUGACAGGCAAAACGUACAGAAUCGCCGUCAUCCCCGGCGACGGCAUUGGCCAAGAAGUCAUGCCCUGCGGCCUCAAAGCGCUCCAAGCCGCCUCUCGUCGCUUCGGCUUCACCCUGUCCAUCACGACCUUUGACUUUGCCUCGUGCGACUACUACGACGCACACGGGAAAAUGAUGCCCGACGACUGGAUCGUGCAGCUGACGCCCUUCGAUGCGGUCUACUUUGGAGCGGUGGGCGAUCCGAGCCGUCACCCGGACCACGUCACGCUGUGGGGGUCGCUGCUGCAAAUGAGGCGGCACUUUGACCAGUAUGUCAACCUGCGGCCGUGUCGGUUGGUCAAAGGGGUUCCUUCGCCUCUGGCCGAGCCGGGUGAGAUCGACUUCUGGAUCGUGCGUGAGAACACAGAGGGCGAGUACUCGGAGGUCGGCGGAAAGAUAUUUGAGGGAACAGACCGCGAGGUGGUGGUCCAGGAGACCAUCAUGACGCGAAUUGGUGUGGAUAGGAUUCUCAAAUACGCCUUUGAGCUCGCGCAGACGACACAGCGCAAGAAACUCACCAGUGCGACCAAGAGCAACGGCAUCAAGAUCACCAUGCCCUACUGGGACUCGCGCUUCAAGCUCAUGGCCCGAGACUAUCCGGACGUGAAAACAGAGCAGUUCCACAUCGACAUUCUGUCGGCGCACUUCGUCCAGAAGCCGAGUUAUUUUGAUGUCGUCGUCGGAUCCAACUUGCAUGGCGAUAUCUUGUCCGAUCUGGGACCCGCGGUGACGGGCACGAUCGGCAUCGCUCCCUCGGGCAACAUCAAUCCAGAGGGCAAGUUUCCGAGUCUGUUCGAGCCGGUGCAUGGCUCAGCGCCGGAUAUCAUGGGCAAGGGCAUUGCGAAUCCGGUGGGUAUGAUCUGGGCGGGCCAGAUGAUGCUGCUACAUCUCGGAGAAAAGGAGGCGGCCGAGGCGAUGAUCAAGGCAAUUGAUGCUGUGUUGGGUCGAGCAGAUGCUAGCGUGCUGACGCCGGAUAUGAAGGGUAGAGGCACUACGCAGAAGUUGGGUGAUGCGAUCGCCGACGCCAUCGCUACAGUCUGA